GAUCUUGACGGCGAAGGACCAAAAGCGGUGAGUUUUUAGUUUGAUUACAGGUGGCAGAAAGGAAAGUUGCGAAAAUGGAGAUGAGAGCGGUGGAAGACGUCGGCAUUGGGCAGGACCUUACUCCUCCGGUACCGCCCAUCGCCGUCGCCCUGCACGAUUCCCGCCGCUUUAUUAACUGCUCCGCCUGCUUCUCUCCUCUCGCUUCUGCCCCUUCCUUCUCUACUAAUGCCAACCAUGUCCCCUCGCCCUUCCUUCUUUACUGUUCACCUCGCUGCGCCUCUCUCGACUCUCCUCUCCACUUCUCUUCCGCGGAGUUCCAUCUCCUCCGCCAAUCGCCACCUUCCACGCAUCCCGACUCCUCAGACCUCCGCCUCUCCCUCCGUCUCCUCCACCGCUUCGAAACGCUCCGUCUCGUUUCCCGGAACGACGGCGUAUUUGAUAGGAUCGGAGGAUUGAUGACGAAUCGCGCGGAAUUGUUGAGGAUGGGAUCCGACGAAGAUGACGAGGUUUUGGAGAGAAUCAAAGAAGGCGCGAGAGCUAUGGCAGCUGCGAGGAGGACGCGAGACGGUCCGCAUUUGGAGUCGUCGUCAGCCGGAGAGUGCGCGGUGGAGGAGGCCGUGCUCUGCUUGGUGCUAACGAACGCCGUGGAGGUGCAGGAUAGCGCAGGGUGCAGCGUUGGAGUAGCGGUUUAUGGUCCAAGCUUCUCUUGGAUCAAUCAUGGCUGCUCCCCCAAUUCCUCUUACAGGUUUUCGACUAUGCCGUGCUCUGGAACUGUGCCGCGCUUGCUUAUAUAUCCGGCGUCCAAUGGAAAUGAACUUAUCAACAGCAAUCUUAGCAGCAAAUUCUUGUCAGCCAUAGGAAAUGAGGAAGGAUAUGGCCCGAGAUUGAUUGUUCGCAGUAUAAAGGCUAUUAAGAAAGGAGAGGAGCUGCUAAUAGCAUACAUAGACUUGUUGCAACCUAAGGGGAUGAGACAAUCUGAAUUGUGGUUGAAGUACCGGUUUACUUGCUGCUGCAAUAGAUGUAACGCAGAUCCUGCAACGUAUGUGGAUCGUGUAUUGCAGGAAAUUUCUGUUGUUGAUCUUGAUAAUCCAUCCUCGACAUCCAUUAACAACUUUGGUGGGGAUUUUGCCGUCAAGAAAUUGAUUGAAUGUUUUGAUGAUGCUGUAGAUGAUUUUAUGACAUUCAACAACCCCACAUCUUGUUCUGGUAAGCUUGAGAACCUGCUUAUUCAUGGCUAUGCUAAUAAGAAGCUGAAACCAAGUGGAGAAAAGUCACGUGAAAGAUUCAAGCUGCACCCCUUCCACCACCUUUCUUUAAAUGCCUACACAACACUCGCCUCUGCCUAUAAAGUCUUGGCCUCUGAAUUAUUGGCUCUUAGCCCUGCAAAUGAUACGGAUCGAUUCAAGGUUUUUAGUAUCAGCAAAGCUAGUGCUGCAUACUCCUUGUUGCUUGCUGGUUCAACUCACCAUUUGUUCUGCUUUGAGCCUUCUCUUAUAAUCUGUGUCGCCAACUUUUGGACGAGUGCGGGCGAGUCCUUGCUGAGUCUGGUUAGAAGCUCUCUAUGGGACUCGUGUUUGGAGUCGAGCCCAAGCUUCACAGAAUUUUCACCAUCCUCAAGUCAAAGUUGUAACAAAUGUAAGGCUAGUUUUAUCUGGAGCAGAGAUUUGAAUGUAGAACUUUCAGAAACAACUAGGCAAUUCUUGAACUGCAUCACCAAUUUAACACCAAAAGUCUGGCAUUUUCUCAUCAACAAGGGCAACUACUUGAAUUUAGUCAAGGAUCCCAUCGACUUCAGAUGGAUUGAAAGUACAGAAUUUUCGGUUUUGCCUGAUCAUGCUGCUAGCUCAGAACUGAAAUCUGAUUCAGAAACUGAAGCAGAUAUGGAUUCCAGCUGUGUAAGAACAGGUCUAUUUCAGAUUGGCUUUCAUUGCUUACUAUACGGAUCAUUCUUGUCGAGUGUAUGCUGCACUCAACAUCCUCCGUCAAAUGGUGAUCAAUCGACUCAGACGGAAGGCUACGCCAUCGGGACACCAACCACUGUGGGCACAGGUGCAGGCGCACCACAGUAGUCACGAAGGACGUCAACCUCCUCCGCAGUAUAGCCGAUGGAAGUGAGCAUGGAAGGCCAGCAAUGGAAGAGAAUGGUGCGUAUGGCCCUGCAACAUUCUUUCCCUAAAUAAGCCUCCCCGUUGAAGAAGAAAAGUAUGAUCUCAUUGGUGCACGAUUUCAGCUGCACCAAGGCAUCCCAACACUCCCCCAUUACACUCGCCUCGUCGUCCAGCCUGCCGGUGACUCCAUAGCCAGCCAGCUUCAUGUCAGACGCCGUUGUAGCAGCUGUUACAAGAACCCAUGGGAGAACUGCUAGUAGAAGUGGAAUGAACUUCAUGGCAGCCAUGAAUGAUAACUAAACUUAAUAACCUUGAAAUUGGUGGAUUGGAGAUGGAAUAGAUGUAGAAUCAGAGAUGGCUGUUCUGAACAGUUCUGGGAUGCAGAGUUAUAUAUGUAUGCUUAGGCGUAAGUUACAGGACUUGAAAGAUCAUUACAUGAUAACAAUGGAGUAAAUGAAGGGAAUACUACAAGGUGGUUUAGAUUGUGAACAGACAACAGUCACUCCCAUGAGAUAUAACAUGGAAUUAAUUAACACUAAUUAGCUACAUAAUGAUGAAGUUAAUGAACAGACUACUUCAAUCCUAUGAUACACAAACUCUUCGAGAGUAAAGUUUUGUUUUGUUUUUUUUUUUUUUUUAAAGAAAUAUUUCGUCUUCCAAACUUCCUAAAAUAGGUUGUUUUACAUUUGUGAUAUAUAGGCUUGCGGGGCCUGAACAGUAAGCCCAUCACUCAUUUAUAUACUGAGCA